GUGUGGGAUGGUAGGGCAAGGUUCUGGUAGUGGCUUGUGUGCAUUGGCUUACUUUCAGCAUAUGUCCUCUGUUGUAUUUUACUUUUCUGAGUAGUGACAUUACACAGUCUUACUGUAACUGCGGAGCAGGUUUGCAUCGAUGUAGCAGAUAAAACUUUGUUUAUCCCUGUCAGUGAGGAGAGUCAUUGGACUAUUGCCCUGUUGGAGCCCAGCUACGUUGUUUUCUCCUCAACCACUGACACGAGGGUAAGGUUUAAAUAGCUUCACCAUGGUUGUAUAUUAUCUCUAUAUCUAGCUACUUGUAUUUCUUACGCUGUCUUUUUUCUUGUUUUCUUUGAAUUUAUAUUCAGUGUUUUUAAUUUCCUCACAUUGUCUUGGAACCUUUUUUUUUCAUGUUCAUGUUCUUUUAUUCCAAAAAUUCACACCUUUAUCUCUCUAAGGACACAGUGGUUAAACUUCCACCAAGGAUGGAAGAAGCACAGCGGAGAGACAUUGUAAAUAAGACUUGAGGGAGGUUGCGAGUGGCCAGAAGCUCCUUGUUGUGAUUGCUUAUUGCUCUCUGGGGGAGGCGUAUGGGAGGGAAGUUGGGGAGAGAACUCAGACAGAUGGAACAGGGUGGGUUUUAAUGACAGCGUGGCUGCAUCAUUGUUUUCUUCGUGAAGUUUUUCUGUGCUGGCGUGACAAAUGGAAUUUCACUGACAAUUACCGUACUCACUGCAUAAAAGUAGUGAAGAGGAGGAUGCAAAUGCUUGCAUAUACUUGCACAGAGAUCUGUGUGUACUUAGGUGUACAGCACAUGCCUUGAAGGUUGUGUUCAUUGUCAUAAUGUAGUUUGGAUGUACAUUCCUCCACGGGGGAAACCGUACCUCCAUCAACCAUAACUAAUAAAUAUAAACCUAAAUUAGAAUUUCUGUGUGUGUGUGUGUGUAUGUGUGUGUGUGUGUUUGCCCGUUUGUGUAUGAGUGUUUUUUGUUGUUGUUUGUUUUUUACUGUGUGAUGGCAGGGUGGAACAGGCAGAUGUGUUUUAGCUAAUAGAGUCUAAGAGCAGCUGGGCAGGGCAUGGCUAAUAGACCCAAUGACAUCAUUCGUGCAGAGAGAGAGAGAGAGAGAGAGAGUAUAAGAGUGAUGAGCCUAAGGCAGUGAAAGGAAGCAGGCCAGCUGAGCUAGAGAGGAGAGCAGCAUGAGAGCGGGACAGUUUGUGUGUGUGAACGGUAGAGGACCAGACAACAGUUUGUCAAGGAUAUAGACCUCCGUCUGGAUUAUUUAUUUCUCUAGGUUUUUCCCCCAUCUUCUGUCUCACCUUCCCCUCCUCCCCUCCCCCCUUCCCCCUUUUCUCCCUUCAUCCUCUGGCAGUUACACCUCCUAAGCUUCUGCUUCAGGCGGCUUCUCCGGGCAUGCUCCUUAAGCCAAAGUAUGACCGCUUUCGCAACGAAUCUGUGACCUCCUCCGAUGACCUGAUGCAGAGCUUAGCCAUGAGCGGCAAAGUUGUGGCCACGCCGGUAGUUCCCUCCUCUACCCCUAGCCUUCCACUGCCUCCCCUGCCUACUCUGGAUCCUAGUACCAGGACCUCCUCCUCUGCUGGGGCUACAGCUCGGGCUGACUCUCCUUGCCUGGACGGGGAACAGGAUGCCACCACAACCUUCUGCAUGCUCAUCCCUAAAAUGCCCCAGUGGAAGUUUUCCAACUCACUGCUCAGCAGGAGCCCAUCGAAUUCCAGCUCUAGCUCCAGCUCUAGCAAGGACUCGGGCAAGGCAGCGGGGGCUUCUUCCCAGGCCUCCGUCUCCCCUUCUUCGACGACUCAAAGACCUAAUGGUGCCACCUCAGCCAGUGGCCCCGUGGCAAGUCUCGCAGCAGUUCUUAACUCCUGUGACCCCGUGUGUGUCACCCCCUGUUCCCUACAGGCUAUCCGGGGUCAGAGAGCCGUUGCAGUAGCAAACACUUCCAGUCCAGGGGGACAUGGAUUCGGGGCUUCAGAGUCUAUGGCGAGCCCAAGUCUUUCCAGUAGCUCCAGGUCAGGAAUGAAUCGCAGGACAAGGGUAGAAGGCAUGUGGCUGGGGGGAGAAGACUUCAACCAGAAGGGCAGCUUCAUACACAAACCCUCUCAGGGCUGGCUGCACCCUGACAAGAAGAUUGCAGGACCAGGAGCUUCAUAUAUAGUCAGGUACAUGGGCUGCAUAGAAGUGCUGAAAUCAAUGCGCUCCCUGGACUUCAACACAAGAACUCAGGUGACCAGGGAAGCCAUCAACAGACUGUGUGAAUCAGUGCCAGGAGGGAAGGGGCCGUGGAGGAAGAAGGCUUCGAACAAAGCCCUACAGUCCAUCAUGGGGAAGAGCAACCUGCGAUUUGCAGGCAUGAGCAUCGCCAUCAAUAUUUCCAUCGAUGGUCUGGGCCUGCUCAUUCCCACCACACGGCAGGUGAUAGCACACCAUCCCAUGCAGUCCAUCUCAUUUGCCUCUGGGGGCGACACAGACACGCCUGACUAUGUUGCGUACGUGGCGAAGGACCCGGUGAACCAGAGAGCGUGUCAUAUCCUCGAGUGCUCUGACGGUUUAGCCCAGAGUGUAAUCAGUACCAUCGGCCAGGCCUUUGAGCUGCAGUUUAAACAGUACCUGCACAGCCCUCCUAAAACCAUGGUGUCUAUAGACAGAUCAGCUCAGAGGCUGGAGGAGCCGAUGUCCAGAGAGGAUGAGGAUUUCUCCGAGCAUGAUUACUACAACAGCAUUCCAGGGAAGGAACCUCCUGUGGGGGGUGUAGUUGAUUCCAGACUCAGGCCCAGUUCGAGCAUGUUGGGUCACAUUCACAGCCAGCCACAGAGCAAGGCAGCAGCACAGAUGGCUUCAGCAGUUCGGAGGGAGCCUGUGUCCUAUCCGCCUGGACAGUUGUGUUAUGAGCUGCACUGGGACACUGAGACAAGCAGCUCAGAUGGUUACCUGUGUGCUGACGGCCAAGGAGCCGGCAGCAGAGACUACGAGGAGCAUCAGUAUGUUAACACCCAGAGCCUGGAGAACCUGGAUUCACUGGCACAUGGACUCAGUGGACAGAGGAUGAGCAGAGCACCUGACAGUCCAAAGAAAGAUCUGUUUGAUAUGAGGCCCUUUGAGGACGCGCUGAAGCUCCACGAGGCCACAGGUGGAGCAGGGGCUUCCAUCGUGUCCAACUCAGGUGGAGGUGCCAAGGCUGCCGGUGGGGGUGUUAGGAUCCUGGAGGAUCAGUGGCCCAGCCCGCCACGCCGCCGAGCCCCUGUGGCUCCGAAUGAGGACCAGCUGCGGCGAGAGACCUGGUAUCACAGCAGAAUGAGUCGACGAGAUGCGGAGAAGCUUCUGGUCCGAGACGGAGACUUUCUUGUCCGGGAGAGCACCACCAACCCGGGACAGUACGUCCUAACAGGCAUGCACUGUGGUCUCCCCAAACACCUACUGUUGGUGGAUCCUGAGGGAGUGGUCCGGACCAAGGACAUGUUAUUUGAGAGCAUCAGCCACCUCAUCUCGUACCAUCUGAAGAACGAGGUUCCUAUUGUGGCAGCAGAGAGUGAGCUCCACCUCAAACAGGUGGUCAGGAGGAAGCAGUGAACCAGCUGCUGCAGGACGGGACGCUAGAAAAGAUUGAUGGCCUGGCCCUUCUAAGCAAUCAGAAAUAAAAACUGUAACUGAAGAAAAUCUUUCUUUUCUAAUGGAUACUUUCAGUACCUGAAAGACGAUGAACAUGACUGACACUGUCGUAAAUAUGAAGACAACUGUAGCGAGGGAGAAACAGCCGACUGAACUUGACCUCCCAGGAUCCAUGCAGCCGUCCCUGUUCUGUGCAUAAACGUCUGAAGCAUGCCGCUUUUGAGAUGUCACAUCUAUCAGUCUGACUGGAUUAUUGACAAUCACUGAUAGCCGUCAGAGAGGAGCCAACUUCAGUGAAUGUUCACGGAAAAGUACCAAAACAAGUGUCAUAUCGUCGCACCGUGACCUUUCUGACGUACAAUGGUUGAAGGAACUGUUGAUGCGUAUCUUGGCCAGUUCAUCAUCGACAGAGGAGUUCAUGUUCUGAUGUUUUUAAAGAUCAUUUUAGUGCAAAACUGGUCAGUUAAGAGUGUCUGUCAGUGGUCACUGAGUAUAUGGUAUUAUGUUAUGUUAAAUCCACAACAGUCUGAGCAUGUUAUUCCAUGCAGUCGUAUCUGUAUGAGGCCCAGGUCAGAAAAAUGCGAUUUAUCUGGAGAUUUUAAACAUUGAUCGUGAAUUUCUGUUCUUUGUGUUUUGGUUCCCGUCAAACUGCGCACACGUUCAUAUCAAACAUAAACAUCACAUGCUUCAGAACCCAACAGAUCCACGCCUGUAGCUCCAGAGCUCCUUCCACUUCCAGUGCCUUAAUGACGACAGUGACAGGCAUUUGUGUGUAUAAUGUGCCCUCCACGCAAAAGACUAGAUUUGUUGCCAAGCCAGUGAAUGACUGAACAAACGUCAGGAUGAUUAAGCUCUUAUUUAUGUGUCAAGGGUAAUCUACGCUGCUCCUGUUCUAGGGUGAACAAUGUUUGAUUCUGUCUCAAUGUGCUGAUGCUUGUCAUCGUCCUCAACUACACAAUCAUUUGACUUUGUCCUGAAUGUAAACCCUGUGUUUGUCCCUGCUCAGGGAAACAGAUCAGUUCCUGGACUGUCCUCAGUCUGCACUCACACUGAGACAGAGGUGUUCUUCAUGUUUGUUCAUGUAUAAAAACAGAUGACUCGACAGGUGAGUGUACCAUGGCUGAAAAAUCUGAAGAGUCAAGUCUGUGAUUCUGUGAUGUAAUUAAACCUUCACUUUCAUUAGUUCAGCACAAACUCCACACCAACAACCACAGGACCACACACUCAUUUAUUUUAAUGAAUCUAAAAAAGAUACUAAUUGUUGCAGUUUUUCAAGUAUUUCUUUUUUCUAUUGUUGUUGUAUAAAGAACCCAUGCUGCUCAAGG